UUCAUGGUCCAUUUUGUUGAGUACCAUGAAUUCCGAAAACUUUUCUGCAAUUUCCGUGGAAGGUCGAUUAAGUCCCAGAACAUUCACUUUGCGCGCAUGUGUUGAAUGUUGUGUCACUUUUGGACAUGCAAAGCCCGAUAGGGCAAUGUAACAGUUCCUCGGGGGAUGUAAUGACAAAUUCUGAUAGGUUAAAAUGGUACUGUAAUGAAAUCUUGAGGAGAAUAGAGGGUUCUGGACCCAUUUCAGCAAUAGAUUUCAACACGGAAGGCACACACCUAGCCUAUGGAAAUGCUGAUGGGAUUGUUAGCACCAUUGAGAUCGGCAAAGCGGAUAUUUCUGAACUAACGCAACACUGUCAUAUCUGCUCAAAACCUUAUCAAAUUUUUCUCAGUCAUGAGCCAGAGUUUGACUGCCUGAAAUCUCAAGCUAUAGAGGAAAAAAUCAGUCAUAUACGUUGGUUACCAAGGUCUGGGCGUUCUCACUUCCUACUUUCUUCCAAUGAACGUACUAUCAAACUUUGGCAAUUAACAGAAUUACCAACACAAUCAUUUUCAAAUUUAAAUUUUCCUGUUGAAUGUGGUUGUCGACGCAAAGUUGUUAUUCGCUCAUUAUCGGAUAUUAAAGUGCCAGUCUGUGUAAAAAAUUAUGAAAAUACAAAUGUUCGCGUAUUGAACAGGAAGAUAUUUGCUCGUGGUCAUGGUUUUACAAUUGUCGGCAUCUCACCAUCUGCUGAUCGCGAGACAUUUUUCUCCGCUGAUCCACUUCGAAUCAAUAUGUGGAAUUUAGAAGUGACAAAUGAAGUGUUUAGUAUUGUUGAUCAUAUGCUUGAUCGGCUAGAUGAUCGAUCUCAUCUGAUCACUGGGAUUAGUUGCAGUAAUACUAGUCCAUCACUUUUUGCCUAUGGUACAAAUAGAGGUUCUAUUUUUGUUUGUGAUACACGAUCAAGUUCUCUUUGUGAUCAUCCUUCCCUUGCUUUUCACAGUCUUGCUGCAGAUGAAUCAAAUGUGCUUACUAUUCUAACAAAUUCUAUAUCAGAUUUAAAAUUUGGCAAAUUCUCUGAUCACCUGGUUUUUUCACGUGACUAUAUGAAUGUGAAAACUUGGGAUUCAAGAAUGCCAAGUCAACCAGUUGAAAUUUAUCCUGUUCAAAUUCACUUAAGGAAGCAUCUCACAGUUUUGUAUGAAACUGAAUUACUUUUUGAUGAUUUCAAGUUAACUGUCUCCUCAGAUGAUCGUUUCAUAUUAACUGGUUCCUAUAGUAAUACAGUGAAAAUAUUUGAUCGUCAUAAUCCUAUUGAAGGUUCAUAUAAAUUAACUAUGCAAGAUGAAGAGGCUAGUUCAUUUAUUGAUCCAUUUCGUACAACAGAUGGUGGUGGUGUUGGUGUCGGAGGUGUUAGUGGUACUUCAGUAUUUGUUUCCCCUUUACCAGAUAGUAUUGAUAUACCAUGGCCUAGACAAUUACACGAUGAAUUAAUCGAUAUUACUGAAGGUGGUGGUUUUUCUAAACAACUGUCAUCACCAUCACAAUCAUUCUCCCCCUCCCCCUCGCCCUCAUCAUCCUCAGCAUCAUCAUCCUCACUGAUAGAUAAUUCAAAUGAACAAUUAUUCACUGUCGAUGUUGGACGGAAAUGGUUACAGGUUAGCUGGCGAUCUGGUUCCAAUGUCGCUGCUGUUAGUCAUUCAGAUGGGAUACAUUUGAUUGAAGCAUUAACUUAAUGUGAGUGAGUAGGUGUGCAAUUUUUGUGCAUAUAUAUAUAAAUAUAUACAUGUAUUUGUAUAAUCAUUACACAUUCCUAAUUGUGCGUGUGUGUGUGUGCGUGUUACCUCUUUGAUUUUCCUGUUUCGCCUCCUUUUUUUCAACUUCUCUUCGUCUGUUUGUUUGUUUGUGUUGGAUUCUUUUGCUUUCAAGCUUUCCCUUAGACAGAAAGAGAGGGGGGGGGGAAGUUUGAAUUUUCUUUCUUUGACGAUAAUAAUAAUAAUAAUAAUAAUAAUAAUAAUAGUGAUACCAUGAAUUUUAUAAAGAUGCUUUUUGCUUUCUUCUGGGCUUGUCAUAGAACUAUUCACCAGAUAUAUAUACAUGUGUAUCGUUUGUUUUUCCCACAUGUACAUGCCUAUCUGCAUCUCAUACACUUACUUCACUAAUUACCUCUCCGUUUUCUGCUUCCUUCUCCCCCCCACCACUACUUUCUCUGUCUCUCUCUCUAUUUCCCUUGUGGAAAAAUUGGGGAUCUUGUCUUUCCUUUCCUCAAACUCUCGCUUUAUUUCUCUCUCUGUGUGACCAACGAAUUAUUCUUUCACAUUAGGCGAAAAGGAAAGACGAUAAAAAAUCGAAUCCCUUUGAGCACAAUGCUCUCUGUUUCUUCCACCCACCCCAAUCCCGCGUCCUGUGACUUCAGCGUUUUUGGCAGUCUGCCGAUGGGUGACAGACGAUGACGACGACAACGACCUACGGGGUGGGGUAGGGUGGUGGUCCUCUCCCUUUUUUCAUUAUUAUUCAUGUGCCAAACAUUUCUCUCUUUUGUCUUCAGUCUGUACAUUCACACACACAUAUAUAUGUUUAUAGACAUCGAUCGAGCUGUCACUUACUUUAUUAUAUUGCCGCUAGAUUGAUUUUUGAAUAUACCCAGUGUACACAAACAUGCAUAUAUAUAUAUAUAUAUUCUCGCUUUUGACAUUACAUCAUACUUUAGAAUUGUUCAUAUUUAAUGAAAAUAAAUUAAAAGAGAUAAAUAAAAAUUGGAAAAACCAGAAAACACCCUGGAGUUUUAUUACUGUCCGACCGCCACUCCAGCCAACACUACUACUACUAUUGACUACUACUGCUACUCUGAGACAAUGAGCCAGCCACGUAUGCUUUGUCACUUAUGUGUGUUACUAAAAUUAUUGUUAAUACCAACACUUUAUUAUUAUUAUCGUUAUUAUUAUUGUCAUCAUUAUCAUUGGACGAACCCUGAUUAAUAAACAAACAAACAAACACACUAUUAAUUAUGCUACCAAAUAUUAUUAUUAUUAUUCCUGAAAUAGAUUUUGUUUUUCUUUUUGUAUUUUAGAAAGCUUUUCCGGUAAUUUCUUUUCAUACUUUAAUUAUUAUUAUUAUUACUAUCAUUGUUAUUAUUAUUAUU